AAGAAAUUUUCAUUUAACUCAACAAAAAAAAAAAAAAAAGUUGAAGGACUUUCACUUUUGGGAAGACGAUAAAUACUGGUGUCCAGCACUUCAAUUUUUGAAUAAUCCAUCACUCCUUUGUUUGCUGAAUUGUGUUCAUCUUUAAGAAAAUGGGGAGGUUAAUAUGGUUUUCCCAAAUCCUCUGCCUUUCCUUCAUGUUGUUACAGUUUCGAGUCCAAAGCUCCUCACCUUCUCAAUCUUCUCUUGAUUCACCGGCACAUUUGUGCCGUCCUGAAGAGCGUUCUGCAUUGCUUGAUUUCAAAAGCACUGCUAAUUUGGUGGACUUCUGUUCUCUAUUUCCUCCUCGUCCUAUAAUACAAACUUGGAACGAGGGUAGCGACUGCUGCUUGUGGGAGGGCAUCACAUGCGACAAGCGGAAUGGUCACGUGACUGGCCUUGAUCUUAGCAAUAAUUGUCUUGAAGCCAAUCUAACAACAAAUAGUAGUCUUUUCCGCCUUGAGAAAUUGCAAAGCCUCAACCUUGCUUACAACAAUUUUAGCUACCACAAUCUCUCUUUUGGGUUUGACCGUUGGAAGAGUUUGACAUAUCUUAAUCUUUUGAGUUCAGGAUACAUGGAUGGCUCUCUCCUGUUUGAUGGGAUCUUCUUGCUACCGAAAUUGGUUUCACUCGAUCUCUCUUAUAAUUAUGGUUUGCUUCUUGACAACACAAAGUUUCAAAUGCUUGUGCAUAACUUAAUAGAAUUAAGGUUUCUUAUCCUUGAUUUUGUGGAUAUGUCUCUGGUUGCGCCUUCUUCCUUGCUAAACUUGACUUCCUCCUUAGAAUAUUUGAGCUUUCGCCGUUGUAAUUUGCAAGGAAACUUUCCAAACCAAGUUUUUCAGCUUCCAUCUCUCCAGCUUCUUGAUUUAAGCUACAACUUUGGUUUAGGAGGUAAUUUGCCUGAGUCAAACCUGAGUAGUACCCUCGAGUAUUUGAAUCUUGCAAACACAAACUUCUCAGGAGAGUUGCCUUAUUCAAUCGGAAAUCUUAAACUCCUAAAGAAAUUGCAUCUUAGUAGCUGCCAAAUUUAUGGAUUAAUUCCUAGAUCUCUUGCAAAUCUUACAGAGAUAGCUCAGUUAGAUUUUUCUUCCAACCAUUUGCAAGGGCAAAUACCAGAUGUUUUUGGAAAAAUGCACAAGCUGACUGAUUUGAGCUUAGAUGCAAACAACUUUGAUGGUGAAAUUCCUGCAUCAAUUUUCAACCUCACCCAUCUCACUUUUUUGUCACUAUCAUCAAAUAAGCUAUUAGGUCGGGUACCAUCUUGGUUGUUUUCUCUGCCUUCUUUAUCUUAUUUAGACCUCCAAAACAACUGCCUUACCGGACCUAUUGAUCAUGUUGAGAUGCCCAAUCUCAUUUUACAAGAAGUCUAUUUGUCCAAUAAUGAGAUAAGUGGUUCAAUUCCAAGCUUCUUCUUUGAUCUUGUGCAUCUUACUAGAGUCCACCUUUCUUCAAAUAACUUAAUUGGCACCAUUACAACCGACAUGCUUUCAAAGCUUGUAGACCUUUGGGAUCUUGAUCUUUCCAAUAAUAGUUUGCUAUCUUUGAGCAAUAAUGGCACUGCUGUCAACAAUUCCUUUCUUCCGAGCCUCCUAUCUUUAACAUUGUCUUCUUGCAACGUACACAAGUUCCCAACUUUCUUAAGGAAGGCAGAGAAUUUGCAACAAUUGGAUAUUUCCAAGAACAAUAUUUCUGGUCAAAUUCACAAAUGGGAAAUAGAAGGGAUGUCGUCAUUGCAGUAUUUAGACCUUUCUUAUAACUUCUUGACUGGUAUAGAUUUGUUUGCUUUCAAAAAUCUUAUCAGCGUUGACCUUAGUUCCAACUUACUACAAGGAUCACUUCCCAUUCUAUCAACAGCUCAGGAUGUUUCACGACUCUUCAUUUCAGGGAAUAAUUUGACUGGCGAAAUCCCUUCUUCUUAUUGUAAUUUUACCUCUCUUGAAGUUCUAGUCUUAGCUAAUAACAGGUUGGGAGGAAAAAUUCCUGAAUGUCUUGGAAACUUGAGUUAUCUCCUUAUCUUGGAUUUGCGGAUGAAUAAGUUCCUUGGUAGGAUUCCGAAUUUCAUUGUCAACGACAGUUUCUUGUUAACUCUCAGCCUAAAUGGCAACCAGUUGGAAGGGAUACUGCCACGGUCUUUGGUUAAUUACAAGUGGUUGGAAAUUCUGGAUGUGGGGAACAACAACUUGAAUGAUACCUUUCCACAUUGGUUAGGUGUUCUUCCAUUGCUAAAAGUUCUCAUCCUUCGAUCUAAUCAAUUUCAUGGUGCCAUCAGCAAUUCUAUGCCUGCUUCAUACUUCCUUCAGUUGAGAAUAAUUGAUGUCGCACAGAAUGAUUUUAUGGGUCUUUUACCGAAUAACUAUUUCAAAAUUUUGAAAGGUAUGAGAGAUGUAGUUCCAGCUGAUAAAGUCAAAUUGGAAUACAUUGAUGACCAUACGCGAUGUUUAAGAGACGGACGUUGUCGUAAUAUUUAUGAGGAUUCUGUGAAGGUAGUAAUGAAAGGGUCAGAGAGGGAACUUGUAAGGAUCUUGAAAAUUUUCACAACUAUAGAUUUCUCGGCCAAUCAAUUUCAGGGACCGAUUCCUGACGAGCUAGGAGAACUCAAUUCACUUUUAUUGCUAAACUUAUCUCACAACAGUCUCAAUGGUCAAAUCCCAUCAUCAUUGGAGAAAUUAGCAGAACUUGAGUCAUUAGAUCUCUCAUCAAACAAGCUUGAAGGCAGGAUUCCAGAGCAAUUGACAAAAUUGACGUUCUUAUCAGUUUUGAAUCUUUCACACAAUGAACUUGUGGGCCACAUACCUGAAGGGAAGCAGUUCAACACUUUCUCAAAUGAUUCCUACAUUGGGAACUCUAGGUUGUGUGGAUUCCCAUUGACAAAGAAAUGCAUACCAAGACCACCUUCACCACAAUUUGAUGAAGAAGAUGACUCUACAACAGUCUUUGAGUGGAAGUUUGCAUUGGCAGGCUAUGGGUGUGGACUAGUGUUGGGACUUAGUCUGGGAUACAUUGUCUUCACUACAGGAAAACCAUGGUGGGUAGUGAAGAAAGUGGAGAAAUAUCAACAGAAAUUAGUUGGAAUGUGCAAUCAAAGUCAUAAGCAGAGAAAAACCCAAAAACCCAACCAACGCUCUUAAGUGAGUGCAAGCAGGUGCGGUUGAUUUCCUACUUCGGGGAGAUCUGGCAACCGUUGCUUCUUGAGUUUGUUUCCAUCUUUUUCAUGUUCAUUGUUGAUAUAUAGUUGUAUUUACUUGUGUGGAAAUUAUGGUUAUGUAUUAAUUUGUUUUAUUUCUUUUGGAUUUCAUCUAUCUACUAUGCAUGUAGUUGCUUAUGUAUUUUUCCUAGUGUAAUUUGUUUCUUUUGAUGUAAUAUCUUCGUAUUUUCUUCUCUCUUCCUUUGUUUUGGUUAUCUCUGAAUGGUGCAUUUUAGUAAAGUAAAAUGUAGAUAUUCUUUAAUUUUUGGACCCCCAAACAUCUCCUUUCACCAUAUUUCUCCAAUCGAUGUGGAAGUGGAGAUGCAUACAAUGAAUCUUGGAUGACAGCUGAGCGAUUUCGGGGAGGAUUAUUACUUAAGAAGGCUGGCUGAGGGAUGAUCCUAACCUCCUUUGCUUUCCGAAGGCCCACCCUCUAGCCAUUGCCAACUCAAGUCUUAUUCUUUGACUAGUGAUUUGAUAUAUAGGCAGGGGGAAAGCUGUAAUUUUCUGUGUGGAUUAAAUUAAUGUGUUUUGCCUUUACCACUUAAACUGAAAAAUUUUAGAUAUUUUUAUGCUAUUUAUGCCAAGGUUGAGAUAAGAUGUUUCUGUCUCUUAAAAACAACAUAUGUAGGUUAGCAUUAACAUAUGUAAGUUCCAGGUCUCAUUUGC